AUGGCUGCUGUCAACGUCAAUCCUUUGACUGCUACAGCCUCCGAGCUUCAGACCAGACUUGCAGACAAUUCUAUCACAAGCCGACAGCUGGUCAAGAUCUAUCUAGAUCAAAUAUAUCACUAUAAUGGGUAUCUCAAGGCCGUCAUUGCCACCGCGCCAGAGGACCUACUGAACAAGACUGCUGCUGCCUUAGAUCAAGAGCGCAUCCAAGGCUAUGUGCGCGGACCUCUACACGGCAUUCCUAUCCUCGUCAAGGAUAACAUUGCCACAGGCCCUGCCCUAGGACUGCCAACCACGUGCGGCAGCCUUGCGCUUCAAGGGUCAAAGCCCAGACACAAUGCUGGCAUCAUCGACCAACUUCAGGCUGCUGGCGCUAUCAUUCUUGGCAAGGCAAACCUAUCGGAAUGGGCCUGGUACAGAUCCGAUUUCGCUGAUUCAGGAUGGUCCGCUGUUGGUGGGCAAACACAAUCCGCCUACGUUCGCGGCGGUUUCGACCGAAACAAUGACUCCAACGGCGGCCACAGUAUUCGAAAGAAUAACACCGAACUUGUGAACUAUGAAAAAGACCAGGACGCUGGACGGUCAACAGCUGCACCGCCAGUCUUCCCUGCUCACAUUGACCACACUAUAGAAGGAGGACCAAAGCGGAUGCUGAGACACCUGACGGAGAGGGAGGCUUUGCAAUAUAUGAACGACCAAUACAGAGCCCGUAUCAUCAACGUUUGGCGUCCCCUCAACAACCCUGUCAAGGACUGUCCCUUGGCCAUUUGCGAUCCACGAAGCAUCGAUACAAAGGAUCUUUUAGCUGCUGAUCGCGUAACUCCCGACUUUGCGGUCGAGCUGUAUUACCUUAAACACAAUGCUAACCAGAAAUGGUAUUGGCUAUCAAACCAAACCCUGGAUGAAAUCACAUUGUUCGUCAAUUAUGAUUCCAACUGUCGGCUGGAAGGAUCGGACUGGAAGACAUGCCCUCAUGCUGCCUUUAUAAACCCGGACGUGCCAGCAGAUUCGCCACCUCGUGAGAGCAUCGAAGUUCGAUUGAUUGUCUUUACGAGGUCUGAAUAA